UGUAGUCUCUCAGCUGCCGGGCGUGCAGUGCAGCGAUGCUGGGCGGACUCUGGCAGCUGAGGAAGCGGAAGUGUUGUUGCUCCGGUCCAAUCUGCUUUGGCUGCCACGUUGGUGGAGACGUGGACUUGUGUGACCGGCGCCGGAGCGUAGCCUGGCUCAGCCGCGGCACCGACGCGCACUCACGGACAGGAGCCUGAGUUUAGUGAACAAGAAUGAAGCUUAAAGAAAUCAAUCGGACUGCUAUCCAGGCAUGGAGUCCAGCUCAGCAUCACCCUAUUUACUUGGCUGCAGGCACCUCGGCCCAGCAGCUGGAUGCCACAUUCAGUACCAAUGCUUCCCUGGAGAUCUUUGAGCUGGACCUAGCCGACUCCACCCUGGACAUGAAAUCAUGUGGUACUUUCUCUUCCAAUCACAGGUAUCACAAGCUGAUUUGGGGUGCUCAUGGAAAUGCGUCUGAUGGCCUGUCUUCUGGUGUCCUUGUUGCUGGUGGUGAAAAUGGGAACAUCAUUCUGUACAAUCCGUCCGAAAUUAUUGCAGGAGGCAAGGGGGUUGUGAUUGGCCAGAAUGAUAUUCACAGUGGUCCAGUCAGGGCACUCGAUUUCAAUCCUUUUCAGAAUAACCUUGUUGCCUCAGGAGCCAAUGAGUCUGAGAUCUACAUCUGGGAUUUGAAUAAUUUUGAUACACCGAUGACACCAGGAUCAAAAUCACAGCCACCUGAAGACGUCAGUUGCGUGGCCUGGAACAGGCAAGUACAGCAUAUUCUGGCUUCAGCUAACCCAAGUGGCCGCGCUGUUGUUUGGGACCUGCGGAAGAAUGAACCAAUAUUGAAAGUCAGCGACCACACCAACCGAAUGCACUGCUCGGGCCUGGCCUGGCAUCCUGACAUUGCUACGCAGAUGGCCGUUGCCUCAGAGGAUGACCGAAUGCCUGUGAUUCAGAUGUGGGACCUCAGGUUUGCAACAUCUCCCCUGCGGAUGCUGGAAAGCCACACAAGAGGAAUUUUAGCCAUUGCCUGGAGCCUGGCAGACCCAGAGCUACUUCUGAGUUGUGGCAAGGACAACCGCAUGCUUUGCUGGAACCCUAACACUGCAGAGGUUGUGUACGAGCUGCCUACAGCUACACAGUGGUGCUUUGAUAUUCAAUGGUGCCCCAGGAAUCCCGCUGUCCUCUCCGCUGCUGCUUUUGAUGGCCGCAUCAGCAUCUAUUCCCUCAUGGGUGGAAAUCUAGAUGCACAAAGGCAGAAACAGGUUGACAAUAUUUCCUCCUCCUUUGGGAAUUUGGAUCCAUUCGGUACAGGACAAGCUCUUCCUCCCUUGCAGCUCCCCCAGUCCAUCACUCAGCCUAGUACUGUGCUGCCUCUUAAAAAGCCACCCAAGUGGAUCCGCCGUCCUGUAGGAGCUACAUUUGCUUUUGGUGGAAAGCUGGUGACCUUUCAGAAUCCGAAGCCCCAGCCUCAGCAGCAGGAAGUUCCGUUCCAGGUGUUCGUCAGCCAAGUCGUCACCGAGUCGGAACUCCUGAACCGUUCCAACGAGCUGCAGAAUACCAUACAUUCGGGAAGUUUUGUGGAGUAUUGCCAGUCGAAAAUUAAUGCUGCCCAGACAGACUUUGAAAGAAAUGUUUGGGGGUUCUUAAAGGUGAAUUUUGAGAAAGAUCACCGCAAUAAGUACCUGGAGCUUUUAGGAUACAAGCAAGAAGAACUUGCAGAGAAGAUUGCAACAGCACUGCAAAGUGGGGCAGGCAAGAUCGGGCUUCCAUCAGAUCAGGCUCCCGGGGACUCUGAGCAGACAGCAGAGAGUGCUGAAGACAGUCCUGCUAUAGAAGAUCAGUUCCUAGGGGAGGUGGAAAGUGAACACGAAGGGGAUGAAGAGGGUUUGGAUCUCAAUAUGGCCACAUCUGAGAAGCAAGUUGAGAAAGGAACAAAAUUCAAUAUCUCUAUCAGUGGAGAUGUUGAUGGUUUGAUUACACAGGCUUUGUUAACAGGCAACUUUGAAGGAGCCGUUGAUCUUUGCUUGCAUGAUAAUCGAAUGGCAGAUGCCAUCAUUUUAGCAAUAGCUGGAGGACAGGAACUUCUGGCUAAGACACAAAAAAAAUACUUUGCCAAAACAAAAAGCAAGAUCACCAGGUUGAUAGAUGCUGUGGUGACAAGGGAUUGGAAAGAAAUUCUACAGUCAUGUGAUCUUCAGAACUGGAAAGAAGCUUUGGCUGCCUUGUUGACAUAUGCUGGGCCUGAUGAAUUUGCUACACUUUGCGAUUAUUUGGGCGCACGUUUGGAGAGCGAAGGAGACAACAGCCUUCAAGCUCAAGCUUGCCUGUGCUACAUCUGUGCUGGUAAUGUGGAGAAACUCGUUGCCUGCUGGGAUAGAGCUCAGAAUGGCAACUCUCCUCUUGCUCUUCAGGAUCUCAUUGAGAAAGUAGUGAUUUUGCGUAAAGCCAUCGAACUUGCCCAAGGAGCACACAACGAUGGAGUAGGGACUGUUCUAGCAGAGAAGAUGAGUCAGUAUGCUAGUCUGUUGGCGGCCCAGGGAAGUCUGGCUGCUGCUUUAUCUUAUCUGCCUACUGAUGCAAAUCAGAUGACAAUCCUACAUUUGCGCGACAGACUGUUCCGUGCUCAGGGUGAACAGGUAGCAGGGCAAGAAUCAGCUCCUUUUUCUUAUGGGAAGCAUCAAGCUCCAAGAGGCAGAGCCAGUUCUGGUCAUUCACUCAACCAAGGGCAGCCACAACAUGCAGCACCUACCCAACAGUACUACCCACAGGUUAGACCAGCCCCUACUGUUACAUCAUGGAGUAAUCAAACAUCCACUGCCCUUCCCAGCUUUAUACCAAUCUCUGCAUCUAACACACAGGGUGAAGCUCCACUGCCACCAGGAUUUGCAGUGCCGGCAAUUCCAAAUCCUGUUGGCCAGAUCCAGGCACCAAACUCGACAUCCACUGCAUAUAAUGUCUAUUCCCAAGUUGGAUCCCGUCAGACAUUCCCUCCAACUCAUCAGCCACAGCAGUAUCCUCAUGGAGCUGGGGGUCCAACUUACUAUCAACCUCAUCAACCUACUGCACCUUCAGCCCCAUCUUCCUACCCAUCUGUAUAUUUGCCACCUGUUCCUUCUCACUCUUUGCCUUCAGCUGUGGCUUCUCAGUACCCAGGACAGCCACAGACUUCUCCUACAGCCUCCGGCCCUGCUUCUGCUUUUCCUCCUCUCUCUGGAGCAUCCUAUCAGCAUGGCGGACCUGGAGCUCCAGCGUCCUCUGUGGCCUACCCGCCAUCAACCGGACCACCAGGAGAUAUGUAUUCCCAAGACCAAACUACUUUCUUGGAAGGACCUCAAAAUGGUUGGAAUGACCCUCCAGCUUUGAGUAGGAUGCCAAAGAAAAAGCAAAUGUUCCCAGGCAACUUUACGCCUCCUGCACCCAUCACUGCUCCCAUAAUGAACCCAGUUGCAGACCCUCAGGCCUCGAUCCAGAACCAGCAGGCUCUUCCUCUGCCGCACAAUUCGUUCCAGACUUCCCAGCAACCUCCAAACCAACCAGGGGUUCAGAAUCCGUAUCAAGGAAUGCUGCAGCCAGGAAUGCAACCCACGGUACAGACAAUGGUGCCAAAGCAUAGCACUGAAGAAGCACCUGGUGCUCCAACUGGUGACAUGAUGCUGCCAGUGCAACCAAUAACAACUGAGAAAAUUGCGAAGAAACCCAUUCCAGAAGAGCAUGCCAUUCUGAAGAUCACAUUUGAAGGAUUGAUUCAGCGGUGUAUGACUGCGGCUACUGACCCUCAAACCAAGAGAAAGCUGGAUGAUGCUAACAAGCGACUAGAAUCCCUGUAUGAUAAGCUGCGGGACCAAGUGCUUUCACCAGCCAUAAUUGGUGGUUUACACAACAUAGCAAGGAGCAUUGAAACUCGGAACUACACUGAAGGAUUAAGCAUCCACACACACAUAGUGAGCACCAGUAACUUCAGUGAAAUCUCAGCAUUCAUGCCAGUCCUGAAAGUGGUCCUCACCCAGGCUAAUAAACUAGGUGUUUGAUAUAAAAAUGUAUUUGAAAAGAAAGCUAUAUACUUUAUUAAAAGUAAAUGUUGGCCAAACCUACGUUGGUUUAGGUGGAAAUGAGAAUCUAAGCAAAGACCAUUCGAAUACCCAUGGUUAAAUGUAAAAUGAACACUUGCUUCAUUCCACGUUGCAUUUUACCAUAGCGCCUUAUAUAACAAGGCAAAACAUUCCAAUAUAUAAUCAGAUAAAAUUAAGUCAAAGGAAAGCACCUUGAUCUUUUAAAUCUGUCUAUGUUGCCUGUUUUUUUUUAAAAAAUGAACCAAUGAAAUGACAUGACCUACAUAGGACAAAUGGAAUCCGCACAGUAUUGUUAUAAUCCAACUGCAUGCUUGUCUGAUCAAACUAUAAAAUAAUACAGGUUUAUCCCACUGACUUUGGUGGCAGAGUGUACUUUAAAACGCAAGUCUGUGAUUAGCACAAUACAUUUAUACAGAGUGGAAGAGUAUGCUAUGUGGACUUGAUGAUACUCAGUUAAUGGCCAAGGCUCUGGGAAAAAUUGAAACAGCUACUUGCAGUGCAACCUGUACAAAAACUACAGUGAGCUUGUCCUACUCUGUUGUCAAUUUUAUGAAUUGGAAACGCACCUAAAAUUCAUCUUAUUUUAAAUAAACAUUAAUUUAUUUAAGUGUAUUGCCUUUUAGUAUUCUGUUAAUUCUUCUUAGCAAUUAAGACAGCUGACUAUCAGGAAUGUAUAUUUGGCAGAUAGUAUUAUGAAGUGUCUGUUGAAACUCUGUAUAAUCCUCCUUUGUGUUACUGUCUGGAGCUUUCUGUUGAGUUGGUAAAGCCUAAAACAAAUAGUGCAUUUUAAACAUUGGUUGAAGCUCUUGAACAGUUGAGAAUUUCCACUGUUCCUGACUUCUCACUGGAGCAGUGUUAAUUGUCUUUCUUGUAAAAACAAUGCACAUUCAAUAUACUGGCAAAAUCAAUGGGAGACUAUUAUUCUAAUUGUUGUUGUGUUGCAUCAAACAAAGUCAUCUAUUUUUUCUCUAACUAAAAAUCACUGUUCCCAUGAAACAAAAGUGUAUAUUUCUCCUCUCACCUGCAAUAAAUGGAGCGAAUGAAGAUAAUCACUCUGACGUCACCUAAAUGUUAAUGAAUCCUUAUUCCCUGGCACUUUCUGGCAUGUCACAUUCAUGAAAUCUGAGGUUAUUCCACCCGGCCACUGUUAAUGUAGAUCAGGUUUUGUAAAAAUAUUUUCUAAAUGUUGAUUCCAGUAUCCUGAGAAUAGAUAUAAAUAUAGUAAUGUGUCAACAAAUCCAAAUUUCUGUUAACCUGCAGGAUUGUUUCACUUCAGAAUUCUCUAGCUAUAUCUACUGAAUGUGAUUAUUUCACCAAACAGAGUUCCCUCAACAUAACCUGGUGACUUCAAAAGUUCAGAGAAUGGUAACCUUGAGACCAUAUCAUGUUGUAGCAACCAAAAUUUACUUUGUAGUUAAGAGGAAAAAGUCAUCACUGACCAGAAAUAGAAAUCUUAGGUGGUGUACUUUGUUGUCACAUAUAUCACACAAAGCUGUCUCUUACUCCAACGUAACCAGACAUAGUGUACAUAGUUAAGAUGCCACUUACUGAUGAGAUGAGAGAUUCCACAAAUAUGAUCAGGGUUAUGUAUCAUAGUCAAGCAACAUUUCAACUUUCUUUUAUUAAAACAACAAAUUCUGUUUCUUGCUCCACCAAUGCUGCAUGGUCUGCCGAGUACUUCCAACACUUUCUAUUUUU